AUGGACUCUGAAGCUGCAGGUGGAAUUAGAUCAGAAUUAGUUAGCUCUGAAUACAUUCGAGUUCCAGAACUAGUCAAGUAUAUAUAUCAAGGUGAUUCGAAUUCCGUAGGAAACUUGCUUCAGGAGCAUCCAGAUGUAAUAAAUGCAAAGAUUACAUCCCUUGGCACAACAGCCCUUCAUGUAGCAACGAUUGCUGGACAAGUGGAGAUUGGGACAAAGUUGAUGGAGUUAAUGUCUCCAGAAGCCUUGGCGAUACAGAAUGUUUAUGGUAGAGCAGCCCUCCAUUAUUGCUCUAGUACAAGAAUGGCUAGAUACAUGGUUGAAAAGAAUGAAAACUUGGUCACCAUUGCUGAUAAAUGGCGAAUUAUCCCAGUUGUAUCUACCAGUCAGUGGGCCAAGACGGAUCUGACUGUCUAUCUUCUCUCAAAAACUCCUUUCCAGCUGCUGUCUGGAGAAAAUAUUGGCAAUGGGUCUUUACUCCUCCAGUGGGCUGUAAUGUCCAAAAUGUUUGGUAAGAGUUGCACUCCCUCGUUACUAGCUCUCAUGUUUUAUUAG